AUGAAGAAUAAGAGUCGCAGUCAUCUAGGAAAACCUGCAAACCGUGAAAUCCCUAUAGUGUCCGAUUUCUAUGAAGGACAGCGCGUACUGGCCUGGCAUGCCGAACAUAAAAAAAUUCUUCUCACACAUAUAAUCGCCUUACUUCCACACAAACAGGGCUGUCUGGUCAGUUUCGGUCAAGAUGAUGUAACAGCUCUCGUCAAUUUUAAAGAUGUGUCUAUCUUGAACGAGCCGGAAAUGUUAUUUAUGGAUGACCACGUAAUUUUUCUGUGGAACGACGGUGAUUGGCAGCAAGCAAUGAUCGUCGAUGAAUUUCAGAUGGAUGAUGCAUAUGUAGUAAAAUUUCGAGAUUUGGAGGUUAAAUGCAAGGUAUCUCCUAGAAAACAUGCUCAAUUGGAUGAACAAUGGGAAGCGUACAUAACUGAAUUAAUUCAGAUGUACAGAAGCGAAAUGCAGGAGAAAGUAAAGAUACGUGAUGAGAAGAUUGAAGCUGGAACCGAACUACACGUUCUCCCUCCCUCUGCCGACUCAAACGCUGCAGCAAAUCAAGAUAUCACUCCAGUACAGUCAUUCACUGUUCAAGAAGGUGAUUUACUGGCUGCUCAGUUUCCGCAUAGCGGUCACCCCCUCUACACUUUCGAAGGCUUAACAUCGAAAAAUCUAGUUGGGAUAACAGCAGGAUCAUCAACAACAAUUGUUUCAUCAAUAUUGUCAUCAAACCAGUAUAGUUUUAGUAAUUCCAAUAUGUUUGAUCCAGAAUGA